GUCGUCUCGAGCGGUAGUGGAUUCUUUAAUAGGCAGAAAGAGCGGGGAGCGAACGACGAGCUCGCGCGGUGAUGGGACCAGUACAGCCCUGACCACCGACACGAAAAUGCACAUCCUGGAGAUAGGAGCAGACCAAGAGGAUGAGAGCGGAAGCGCACGCGCAGCUGAGGCGGCGUUCCGGACGGUGCCGCGCGACCAUACCACCUUCCUCGUGUGGAGAGUCACGGAAACAAACACUGAGCUGCUCCCGCGUACGCACUUCGGCACAUUCUACGAUGGCGAGGCUUAUCUGAUUUACUCUUCUUCAGUGCCUGGCCAACCAGCUGGACCCGACGUUAUCCGCCGAGAAAUAAAGGAAAAUGGCAAUGGAGAAUGCGCAGAACGUCACAUCCAUUCUUGGGCAGGCGAACGUAGCGGGGCUCUUACAGCCAUCGCUCUGCGACGCGGGACGCAGUUGGCAGCGUACCUCGGCGUGCCGGUCGUCAUACAUCGGGAAACUGCUACAAAGGAAUCGCCGCGAUUGCUCUCAUACUUCCGAGAUGGCAUCAGGAUUCUACGAAGCGGCUCCAACAUGAACGGUGGUGCCAGGCUAUACCGAGUGAAAGGCCGUAGACCAGUGUUGACCCAAUUGGAACCGGUAACUUGGUCGCAGCUGGCUGCCGACGGGGUCUUCGUGUUGGACACUUCUGCUCUUCUGGUGCUAUGGUUGGGACGAACCGCCAACUUGAUUGAGAAGAUCUUUGGAGCUAAGAUUGCAUAUCGCAUGGCCCGAGGAGCAGACAAAGGCAUGACAACGCGCCGCAUCGCGAUCGCUCACGAUGGAUACGAGCAAACUUUGCCUCUCGGCGACCGGGCACUUCUCGACGCUUUACUAGAGCUACGAGCACGUUCCGUUAGACCAGCGGCACCGCCUACAGACCCGUCAAGACCUGCUCGACUCUACAAAGCCACACAACCUCCAAGAGUGACAUCACUCGCUGUACCAAUACAAAGACCAGCCGCUAGAUUGGAAGAAAUAAAACGCGCACCGCUUUAUAGAGAGGACUUAACUGAUGACGGCGUAUACAUAGUAGACGGCGGCAGUCGUGGUGUAUGGGCGUGGGUAGGGCCUUCAGCCGCUGGACCUGCAGCUCGCGGUGCGCUGGCUGCAGCCAGAGGCCUAGCGCGAGCUCGGCGCCACGUGGGUCCGGUUUCAGUGACCGCAGCGGGUCGAGAACCUCUGGAGUUCGCGGCUCUCUUUAGAAACUGGCGCUGGUGCGAUGCAAGGCGUGACGUCAGACUCCGAGCUGCCAGGUCCGCCACGACAAGACUCGAUGCUGUUAGCUUGGCAUCCAAUGCCUGGCUUGCAGCUGAGGCGCAACUCCCUGAUGACGGUUCGGGCGCGCUGCGGGUAUGGCGCGUGCGCCGACGCAGCGAGGAGGGUGGUUCGUUGGCGGAGGUCGAGAGACCCCAAGCCGCAGUCUUCUACGACCGCGACUGCUACAUCGCGCUGUACACCUACCACGCGCCCACUGGCGACCAGUCCAUACUUUAUUACUGGAUGGGUGGCUCUUCGCCAAAUGAUCUGAGGAAUUUGGGUGCAAAAGAAGCCAAAGACCUCUACAUUAAACUGGGGCGUCUUCCCGUCCAGGCGUGGGUUCACCAAAGUAAGGAGCCGGCACAUUUCUUACAAAUAUUCAAGGGCCGUAUGAUCACGUACAUCGGUAGCGCUACAGACUACGAUCCGACAGGAAGGCGCGUGGCAGCUCCAGCACGCGCUCUAAUCCGCGUCUCCGGGCAGUACGCUCGCGAGGCCCGUGGGCUGGAGGUGCGAGGCGCAGGCGCAGGGAGCGAAGGCCCCGGCUCGUGCUACGUACUACGCGAGGGAGCUAGGGCAUGGGUCUGGUGCGCUGCCACUGCCACUGGCGAUGAAAGGGAAGUCGCCAAGAAUAUGGCCGCUGCGGAACACACUCUUGUCAUGCAAGGAAAAGAAAACGCCCACUUUUGGGCCGCUCUGGGCGAUCGUCGUCACUUGCUGGUCGCGUCUCCUGUGAAAGAAGUUGAACGUCCCCUGCCCCCACGUCUUUUCUACGUCUCUUUGGGCGUGCCCGGGCAGUAUUCUUUUGAAGAAAUAAUAUCCUUCAGUCAAUAUGAAUUGGCGCCAGAAAUGGCGGCGAUACUGGACGCCCAUUGCGCCGUCUUUGUAUGGCUUGGAACGCAUUGCUGUCCACGAGCUAAGGACGACGCGAGAUCCAUUGCAGACGCAUAUCUUGCACAAGAUCCCGCCGCCCGAGACCCUGAAACACCUAUCCUUAUUUUGAGCCAAGGACGUGAACCGCCAAACUUCACCGGUUUCUUCCCGCAUUGGAAACAAUCUAUGUGGAAGGGUCAUAAAACAUUUAGUGCGAUCAUUAGCGCUCUCGAAGGCAAGGCGAUCGUGCAAACUGGCAACAGUGCGCUGCAGAGUGGUAACAGCGCUAACCACUUCGACCAAUACGAGAAGUACCCCAUUUCUGUGCUACGAGGGCCUAAAGAACAUUUACCGCCGGAUGUCGAUCCACUUGCUAAAGAGCUCUUCCUGACUCACGACGAUUUUGUAUCGACGUUCGGCAUGCCGUACAAUGAGUUCCGCUCCCUACCUGCCUGGAAACAGAAGGAUCUCAAAAAAGCUGUUGGAUUAUUUUAAGCUACCAUUUCGACUAUGCUUUAUUUGAUUCGAUUUUGCAUCAUCUUAACUAACUUUAAUCGUUCCGGAAGAGGACUUUUUUAUAUCACAAAAACUCCGUUUAACUGCACUGUUCUCAUUAAAGUUCUCCUGGGCAGGUCAUCUUGGACUUUAUCUGCAAUAUGAAAAGUGGGUAUAGACUACAUAAGAUUAUACUAUUCAUAGAUAAUGAACACAAAUGAUUUUUAGGUUCCUGCUAAUUUGUUUGACUCGCACAGAUCACUCAGUGAACGGUAUUUAGCCUUUAGAAAGCGUGUUUUGGGUGGCAAUCGUUUUAUAUCAUAAUAUGUGUAAUGAGAUGACUGACAUAUAUAUAAAUGUUCAAUGGAAAAUAUAUUCACCCAGAGCACAAUUUCAGUGCAUAAAACAUUGACAGUUCCGUGACAGGUAGACUAAGAAAUAUUAUCAGUAUUUUAAGCAAAGGAUUUAUGUUAGAAGUCUAGAUUCACCAAGUGUUUUGUGCACAAGAAAAUUAAUUUAAAAAAAUUAUUAACAUAUGAAUAUUCCACUUU